AUGGAGAUCUCGAAGGAACAAAAUAAACCAGAGGAUUGGCAUUUAGUUGGUCCCGUGUCUGCUUUCCGAGACAUUGGCCAGGAUGAAAAAGGCUGCCGGGUUUUGUCUGGAUGCAAGACGCUCAGUAUUCCCAAGACAGAUGAUCCCGAGAAAUCGCGAGGAAAUCGCUUUUCAGAUCUCAGUGACCAAGUACUUGUGUUCAAGUAUAAGGGAUUUCUACACGCAAUCGAUAAUCAAUGUCCCCAUUCUGCAUUUCCGUUAAAACAAGGCAACGUUUUCGAUAUUGAAGACCUCGGUGCUGGAAUUAGAUGCUUUAGACAUGGCUGGAGGUUUGACCUCUUCACUGGAAAGGGAGACCGAGGUAGCCACAAACUUAGUUUAUGGGACAUUGAGUUGCGGGACCCCCCAUCGCUUGAAACCGAUGAGAUCCCUGGCAGUACAGACAAGGAGGUGUGGGUCCGAAGACCACCACAGACCUGA